AUGCUCGCAAAUUGGUCAUUAAACAAAACCAAUGGUAAAUUUCCUACAAGAUCUCCUAACGCUUUCAUCAUUUAUCGUAAAGCUUUUCUGGGUACAGUACAAGCUGAUGGCUACAAAUUACCAAUGACCGUUAUUUCAACAAUGGUUUCCAAAUCUUGGGAAAAUGAGCCUCAAUAUGUUAAAGAUGAAUAUAAAAAACUUGCAAAGGAAGCAUUUGAUUGUCUCAAUGAGAUGAAUCCAAAACCAACCAAACCUAAUAAAAGGGAACAUAUGCUAUUAUCUACUACCACAACAAAUGAUUAUCAAUCUUCUUCUAGUAGCAGUAGUUCACCUGAUAUUGAUAAUCUAUACGAGCAACGAAAUUUUGUAAAUUUAAUCAAUUCUUUCGUUCAACCACCAUCAUCUUCACUUUCAUCUUUAGAACUGAAAAUCUUUUCAGACGUUAAUAAUAAUAUCGAUAAUAUAGAUGAGUUUCAACAAUUUAUAAAGAUUUAUCAACAACAAAAUGAUUUUACAAAUUCAUCUGUUUCCUAUAAUGCUCCUGUAAUAUAUGAAUAUUGA